UCUGUCAAGUACAAAAGGUUGAAAUAUGUCGUUUGAAGGAUUCAAAGAGCAAGAUCCAACAUUUGCAACCAGAGCUAUUCAUGAUGCCCAAGAUCCAGAACAAUGGGAUGCCAUGCCAGUUGUGCUUCCCAUUUCUAUGGCCACAACUUUCAAGCAGGAUGCCCCAGCUGAAUUCAGAAGCUUUGAGUAUAGCCGAAGUGGAAAUCCAACCAGAACUACCUUUGAAAAAGUGCUAGCUUCCCUUGAGGGAGCUAAACAUGGAUUGACUUUUGCCUCUGGACUGGCAGCUUCAACCACUAUUGUUCACCUACUCAGUGCAGGAGAUCAUAUUGUCUCCAUGGAUGAUUUAUAUGGAGGUACCAAUCGCUACCUUAGGAAGGUAGCUGAUCGAAUGAAUAUCAAAACUACCUUUGUUGAUGCUACCAAUCCUGAGAAUGUUGAAAAAGCUAUACAAGAGAAUACUAAGCUUGUUUGGGUAGAAACACCCACCAAUCCCACCUUGAAGUUGGUGGACAUUGCUGCAGUAGCUGAGAUUGUUCAUAAAAGAGAAAACAUCCUUUUAGUAGUGGACAAUACUUUCCUUUCAUCUUACUUCCAGAGACCAUUGGAGCUCGGAGCUGAUAUUGUUAUGCACUCGCUAACCAAAUAUAUGAAUGGCCAUUCGGACGUCAUAAUGGGAGCCGCCAUGACGAACGACGAUGACGUCCAUACUCGUCUUCGCUUCCUCCAGAACGCUAUUGGACCAGUUCCAUCGCCAUUCGACUGUUUCCUGGUCAACCGCAGUUUGAAAACUUUGCACCUUCGUAUGCGGGAGCAUAUGAAAAACGGGCUUGCUGUUGCCCGCUAUCUUGAAAACCACCCCUGCAUUGAACGCGUCAUUCAUCCAGGACUGCCCUCUCAUCCACAGCAUGAGCUUGCUAAACGGCAAUGUUACGGUCAUAGCGGAAUGAUCACCAUUUACAUCAAGGGAGGACUGGCCGAGUCUCGCGCCUUCUUUAAGGCACUCAAGGUUUUCACCUUGGCUGAAAGUUUGGGAGGAUACGAGAGUUUAGCCGAACUGCCUUCACUGAUGACUCACGCUUCGGUCAGUGCAGAAGAACGUGCCGCUUUAGGCAUCACGGAUAACUUGAUACGAUUAUCAAUCGGUCUGGAAGAUGUCGGCGAUCUGAUAGCUGAUCUAGAUCAGGCACUGAGAGCUGCGGUUGCCUAAAAAAUGGACCACGGGGAACGCUCUAAAGACGGGUUACUUCUUGUGAUUCUUGAAUGAAGUCGUUUCCUAAACGCCCCCAGUGUUGCGUUGUGUUCUUUUUGUUAUCAUAGCCAAAAGCUUUCGUAAUACAUGUACGAAAGAUGUGGUAUA